CAGCGAGUACCACCUCUAACUGGAAAGCAAAACAAGCGUCUGGAAGGCAUAAACGGCGCUGAAUUUUUAAAGAUUGUAAUUAUUUGCAGUAAGCUGAGUUUUAAAAUGGCAAUAAUUAUGGCUGAAUCGAGCUACGAAAGGCGCGUAAAGGCAUUGUACGAAAAGCAAAUUCGCAUGGAAGCACUCGAGGGGAAAUUCAUCAAAAAGGUCUAUAAAUUCAACAGCAAUUUAUUGGAUGUCAAAGAAGCAGUUUUGCGCCACCAGCGGAAAGUGGGAAAGUUGCAAAAAGUUGUCAUGGAGCGGCGGGAGGAGUUGGAAAAGCGAGUUUCCUUCAUGGAGGAUCUUGCUCAAGAACUGGAGGCCACCAAACUUCGAAAUUCGGCCAUGAAAGAUCAGAUUAAACAGCGGAAAAUGCUGGCUAGACAGCGGAAAAAUGAAAUCAUGGAAAGGAUUCACACGCUGUCGAAGACAACAGGAACCUAUGUAAAUCAUGAGGCGCUGCCGGCACGUGUGAAGGGUGUCACUGUACUCCGUGGCGAUAAGCGCGACCAGUUGAUACCCUUUGAUCUGAAUGCGACCGAUGCGGAAGGACUGGACUCACUUUGUCAGCACCUCGAGAGCCUAAAUGUGGACGUGUCGCAGUGGCAACAGCUCGUCUCGCUGGCCAUGGAUGUGGCUAUGGAGGCACGUGAUCCCACUACUCCGCCUAAGGAAGCAGCCAAUUGCAAGUCCAUAAUUGAGAUCGAUCUCACCUCGCCGACCAGUCAUCAGGCCUGACUUCCGAUUAAAUGAUUUGCUUGGCCUGGGGAUGCCCCUUUGCCAAUGAAACACUUUAAUUCGGCAUAAUAAAUAGUUGCCGACUAAUGAUACGUCUAAUUGAGAACUAAUCUUUUCAAAUUAGGUCUUAUUUGGAUUACAGUAUUUAUUUUUAGCGCGUUAAGUACACCUUGUAACUUCUUAAAUGCACUAUUAAUUAUACAUAUACCGACUUUUUACGAUAA